AUGGCCGAGACAUCAUUUUCCCACAUUGAAUCGGUAUACACUUCCAAGUUUGGAGAUAACUUUCCGAGGCUGACAGCUUCACGUGACACACUAGGGCCCUGGAAUAUUGUCCAAGAAUAUUUGUGCAUACUAAAACUUUUGGGAGAAAUAUUACAGUAUACUGGGCCGACCACAAAAACAAUACAGUAUCUUGAGCGUGGUCUGCAUGUGGCAGACCAGUUUAAGUUGGCUACUUGGGGAGCCAUCUUUUCUAGCAGACUGAUAGAGCAGCAACUGACUUUGGGUGACCUUGAAUUAGCCACAAGCAACUUGCAG